AACCAACCCAGCUAGCCCAACCAGUCCAACCACCAUGCACAUCCCAUGGACCUCACUGCUCACCGCAGCAACGCUGCUCACGCCCAGCGUGCAGGGCACCCGCAUCAGCCCUAGCCCCAGCCCCAGACCCAAGAACACCACGCAAUACAGCAUCCAAGAGCUGUGGACCCUGGAAAAGACCUUCUGGGAUAACUUCCUCUACCCGGCCAACCUGGUGCAGACCAAGGCCAUCAACUCGACCCUCUUCGCACCUGACAUCCAAGGCCGCGUCGACAUAACCCGGGUCUUCAACGGCUCCACGCUCAACACCGAAUACCUCUUCGGUCUUUUCAGCGACCCGACGCACCUAAGCCUCGUCGGCGUCCCCAUCUCCUACAGCAUCACGCAAUUCACCGCCGCCCCGAACACGAACCUCGCCUCCGCGACAACAGUCGUAACCUUCAACGCGACCUCCUUCAACAACCUCCUACUGCCAGUAACCAUCGACACGUGGAUCAUGUGGAACUCCGCGGGCCAGAUCGAGCAGUACGACGCCACAUUCCGGUGGUUCGGGUUUUUGGUCGACACGCUGGUCGGCGCGUUGGCGCAGCAGAUCAACGGCACCGCGACGGAAGCCACCGCGUACCUGACGCAGCUGCUGGCGAACCAGAUCUGCGAGACGCAUGACGCGUACUGCACGGGGGAGAAUCAGCAGUACGCCGAUACGGACGCGUGCUACGCGUUCCUCACGCAGAGUAUCCCGCUCGGCAAAGACUACGAGUUGGGACGGAAUACCCUGCUGUGUCGCGAGGUGCACGAGCACAUGGUGCAGUACGAUCCGGCCGUGCACUGUCCGCACAUCGGGCCGACGGGCGGCGCGUACUGCGUCAAUGAUCAGACGUACAGCCAGAAGGUCCUCCAGAAAUAUUUCCGGAAGUCGUGGUUGAUCCCCGAGGUGGGCGGGGAGGGGCAGGAUGUUUGGUUGUAAAUAUUCACACCUAUCUUUAAUUCAGGAGGGGACCGGGGAUAACUUCAAAUAAUUCACACUGGGUGAUAAGAAC